AUGGCUACGCAGAUACAUGUCCAGCACGUCGAGAGGGUCAUCAAUUACACAUUCAGAUCAAAAUCCCUGAUAUUCCAGGCACUUACGGCGGCUGGAGCUGACAAAGAAAAUUAUGAUGGCUAUAGACAGCUGUCUCAGAUUGGAGCAUCCUUGGUAGAACUGCUUCUAGCCAUCAUAGUAUAUGGGACGGGCGUCGACAGGAGUAAGAAUGCACUACUCUUCGAGGGAAUCGGAGCUAUUCCAACACUGAUUGUUGCAAUCCUAGGGGGGACUGCGAAUCUGAGAAAAGAUUUUGUCGACAAGGAUCACUACUCGCUUGCGGCAAAGCAAACUGGCAUUGACCAGUGUAUCAGAAGAAACGAGCGAACUGCCGCAGAAUCGCCUGAGGUUCACCGGAAAGCAAUCAAUGCAAUCAUAUCGGCCGUGUUAUUGGACAGCUGGGAUGUUAGAGCUGCUCUGUGCGCUACGCUGCGUAUUUUCAUCGACGGCAAUAACGGCCCUCGCUUACGGAUGUUACCCGCUACUCCAAGCUCCACAAUGGAGGCCCUCCCUACUAUUCUGCAUGCAGUGCUGGCCCGAGAUACAGGGACUGUAGACCCGACCAUGCUCUCCGGCCGAUCAGUGGGAGGGGACUUUACUCACUCCAUAGUAUACACUCUAUUUGACCAAAGCAAUUUGGGUUUCCUUGCCUCAUCGCAAACGAAUCAAAGUACUGGAUCGGCAAGCGAGACUCCUGUUACAUGCCCCGAAAUUGACAUGUUAUGGUGCUUAGACGACCAAGCAAUUUACCAAGAUACAGCCACGGAAACCAAUUUUGCUUCUUCGUCUCCGAGCGCUUGGACAUGUAUCAUAGAUACCGAAGCUACCCCGGCAACUCCCACCCAGGAACAAGAAUCAGAUCGUACAGUGAGCCACUGUCAAGCGGAACAUGCGGAAUCCAAUACGACUCGGACUGCGAGGCAACCGAAGAAAAUUACUGGCCCAUCAGAACGCACGCGCAUUCGGCGUAUGAUCCACGAUUUUUUGGCCCAGGAGAGGAAAAAGUGCAUGACUGAGAAACUUGCACCACCAGAAGAUGGAUACCUGCGCCCGGAGGUUCAAAGCCAGGUCAUCGCUCUUGAGAAUGACUUCCUUGCCGUGCUUCUGAUGAAAAUAGGAGGCCCUCAGCAGAUCGUUGCUCUCCGUGAGACUAUCUGCAAAGAAAGAGCCCAGAACAACAUCCCUUCAUUCCUUUUCGAGGAAGGGAUGGCCGUGAGAAAAAGGCUGGGAAUUAUCUUUGAACUUGAUACAAAACUCGCCGCCACUCAGCUUUUUCGCUGGUACCACAUUUUCAAAUUAUUUGAGGAUUGUGGUGGUCGUGAAGCUCUUUCGUUCAGUGGCAAUAUGAAUACUACACCGACGACUUUCAACACAGAAAAGCAAGGUCGCGGAAAUCCCGUGCAUAGGGCGGACGCACUCGUAGCUAACGCCAUGGUACUUGAGUACUUUCCAGAUAUGCCAUCCAAUUCGGAUGACUUUAAGUCAAAAUUGAAGGUCAUGAAGCAUAUUCGAAAACUUGGGAAGCGACUGCAUAUGCUAGUGGAAAGGUUUGGGAUGGGAAUAUUAGGACUCAUGUUUAAUUUGAAUACAAGAAAUGACACCAUGGCCACCGCCGAUCGCAGGCUUCUCGACCCGAAGGAAACUGUGUUCACUACAUUUAUUAAUAUUCUUGAUUCCACCCAAGGUGAGCUCCUUAGGAAUAUCAACAACUCAAUUAAUCCCUUGUUGUCGGCUUUCUUGCACGGUACGCUAGAUUGCCAAGAGCCGUUCCCUUUAGAAACAGUUGAUCCAAGUACAAUCCUGGAAUUGGCAAAAGGUUCACCAUCUCUGUUGCGUCUGAUUCAGAAUGGGGAUGCUACGCGGAUGACUACGCUAUGGGAUCAACCUUAG